GGAUCUUUCUCAAGAUUGAAAUUCCAAGAAUUUGAGGAUAAUGACGUGUGGCGACUGGAACCUACAUUCAUUUUGGAAACAAAAACAUUAAAUAGCGAAGACGAAAUAACUUGAAUAAUAUCAAAAACAAAUCAUGGCUGAACUUGUCGAGACCGAAAUAAAAAUGUUUUGUGGCUCUUGCCCGGACAGCCAUUGUGGAAAAUUGUUAUAUUUUAUGUCCAACGUUAACUCCGAGGUGGAAUGCAGCGACUGCGGACAAAAACACAAACCAGAUUCGCUUUUAAACGUUCAUGAAUCGAAGGUGUCGAAUGUUUCUGUUGAGAAUUUACUAAAGUCAAUAUUGCUCUCAAACACAGCGGCAAAGAAGGGCUCUGAGUUGGUAAGAGUUCGAGGUUUGUCUAAUUUUCAUUGCAAACUAAUCUCGCCUUUGCUUACGAGUUACGGUAUGGAUAAAAAGAGUGGUAAGGCGAAGUUACUUUCAGAAUUGGGGCAACCGGAAAUAUUUAAUUGUGCUGUAUUUGGAGAUAGGGCUUUCUUUAUUGAGAAGGAACACUUGGAUACACCAGGGUAUGGCAGAGACGACACGGGAUCAUUAGGGUACCUCAAUGACACUCUGGGUAGUAUUGAGCAGGCUAACGGUGGGAACUGUUUGAUACCAUUGCACUCUGAUGGUGACGGACACUGUCUUGUACAUGCGAUUUCACGGGCUGUGGUUGGUAGGGAACUCCUCUGGCACAGCUUGAGGCAAAAUUUGAAGGACCACUUGCAGGAAGAGAACAUAAAGUAUCAGGGGUUGUUCCGAGAUUUUAUAGAUGCCGAAGAAUGGAAAGAGAUUAUCAACGAAGCGGACCCUAACUACCACCCAGACAAUAACGAACCUUUUGGAUUAAGAAAUAUCCACGUUUUUGGACUAGCAAAUGUCUUGCGCAGACCUAUCAUCCUACUAGAUAACCUAGAGGGGAUGCAGUCUAGCGGUGAUUAUUCAGGAAUAUUCUUACCUGUUUUAGCUUCGUCAGAGGAUUGUAAGUCACAUGGGUCAUUAAACAAACCUUUAGUUAUUGCUUGGAGUAGCUCAGCGAGGAACCACUAUGUUCCAUUAGUCGGUGUCAAAGAUUCGCCUUUGCCUAAAAUUCCCCAGUCACUUUUACCAAAAGCUUGGGGUAUCCCGAACGAAAUGGUCCUGACAUAUAUUGACUUUGAUAACAACAGUUGCUGUGAGAUUGGUGGAUCUCGAAGUUUGCCUGAUAGCUAUGUUCAGCGACUGGUCUCGGCAAUGGAUGAAGUAUUCUUUCAGAGUCAUCAAGUUUGCCCAGAACUUGUCGCCGACGUAAAUCAGUUUGUUUUUAAACCGGCCAACGCUGUUGGCUUCACACUCCCGCAAAUCAUUGAGUUCACUCAAGAAGCGCUUGCAUCGGAAAGUUUGUUUCGAUGUUUAUCUUGUCAAGCCUUAAAACAAGUGAAGGAUCAUUGCCCCAGGUCAUGGAGGGAACCGAAUGGGAAGUUGUAUUUGAGAGCACAGGAGUCGGAUGCUGGCCUGGUUGCCGAUGCCAUUUACAUGUUCACAGAAGCUAGUGGUGUUCCUUUCAUGUAUUCGGGGAGGUUUGAUAUGCUGGUUCCUGUCAAGGAUUUGGAAUGCGACCUGUGUAAAGGAAUCGUACGCGAGGUAUCCGCUAAUGGUUCUGUGAGGUAUAUGAAUGGUGAUCGAACGUCCACCAAGUCCACCAGCAACAAGGGAUGUGGAUGUGGUUUCAAGCAUUUUUGGAAUGGACUUGAAUACAACAAUGUUCCUAAAGUUAUUGAUGUUUCUUUGGAGUGGAACGGUAAGAAAAUAGAAGAGCAAGUGUUUUGGUUUGACAAGGAAAAUGAUCCAAGCUUGAAUUCCAAUGUCUAUGAGAUUGCCACUACAGUGGUUCAGAAGCAUUUUCCUGGGGAGUUUGGAAGUGAGACUCUUGUCAGAAAGGUUGUUGAUAAGAUAUUGAGGGAGACAGAGUUGAAAAAGAACGAGGAAGAUACUGAGCCUCAACCGAUGGAUACGGAUACUACACAACCGAAUACCGCAGAACCGACUCCUACCACCCCGACCAAGAUCAUCCUGCCAGGCCCCAAACACAAGACGCUGCACAAAGAAGAACUGACGAUGAACGAAGAGGAACGUUUAACCAAAGCAAGAAUAACGCAUCGUGCUGCCUUCAGUCAGAAGAGGAAGAGUGCCAAACAAUCGCCUGAGAAGACAAGUGGAACUACAAAACAUGGCAAACAGGAGAUUCAAAAGUCCAGCAAAAACAGCACGCAGUCUCGUGGUGAAAACACUACAAGUCUUCCCAAGCCACCCACCCCGGCGAAUGCAUCCAAUAUCCAGGCUAAACCCAAAGAUAUUAAGAUCAGAUUGACAAGCUCCAAUGGCCGCAGUGCAACGAUCACUUUGAAGCCAGGUUCCACCCACAGCGCCCUUCAAGAUGCGAUUCAGGCUGAACUGGGCAUAACCAAAGACCGGCAAAAGAUCCGCUACGGUUUUCCUCCCCGGGAGUUGAAACCACCCGAGAAUGAACAGGAACCAUUACCGCUGACUCAUGGUGAUCGCGUGUCCGUCGAGGAGCUGCCGGAAAUCAAAGCUCAAGAGGAGGAAAAGUCGGUGGAAGAGCCUGGGGCAGAGGCAAUGGUUUUGGAGGAGAAAUCUAGUAUUGAUGACACUAGUGGUUCCUUAUCUGACACGGAACUUGAAGGGGUUGACCGAGAGAGACUCGCAACGGAUUUGUUAAAUUUACUGCAAGGAGCGUUGAAUGUUGACCAAUGGGAGUCAGUUCAAGAUAAGCCGGAGCUGUUUGCUCGAGGCGGAGCGAUGUACGAGCAAGUGGCAUCUUCGUUUGGUCCACUACAAGAUGACAUGCACUGUAAUAUUCGCUCAAUACCUGGCAAGACAUUUGCCUACAAUGCAAAAGAGGACAGAUUUGAGCUUUGUCUUGGGCAGAAACACAUUCCAGUUCAACCCCUGGACCAGGAGUCCUUAUCCCGAGCACAUAACCGUAGCGGAGAUGUGGCACCUCUCCGUCGGCCAAGCGAUGAGCGAGAGGGCUUGGGUGCGUUCAGUGGUGCGUUACGUCAUCGUGGCGCCUCUGAAGGCCGCGCUGCAUUCUCGGGCACUGGACAUACCUUGGGGGGCGGCGGGGAUACUGGAAACGAGCAGAAAAAAGAGAAAAACCUGUCGUAUGACGAAACUAGUACUGUUCCGACAGUAGUUGCAAGUAUGGAUACAUCGGAUAACACAGGAAAACAGGGGACAUUGGUGGAUCCCAAUACUGAGGUAAUUUUGAAUGGCCAAUCGGAUCACAAAAUGGGUAAAGAUAUAAAGGAGGAUAGUUUACAAGUUCUUAGCGAAGUUAAGCACGAUGUUGAAACGGGCGGUCACGAAGUAAACGAUGCUCAGCCCGAAGGUGGUUCGAGUGAACACGAAGUGGCCAAAAACGAGCACUCAGUUAGUGGAGUUGAGCACGAUGUUGUCAACGCCAAAAAGCUGGUACACUCAGCUGAAAACGAAACUGAACAAAGUGAAAACGAAAUGAAAGUUGGCAGUAACGAAGAGCAGAACACUCCACACGCUGUUAGCUUGCUCAAAAACGAAGUCACCAAAACGGAAAACGAAGAUUUAAACGAGGCACGCGCCAGUUCUGCAACUGAACCAGAUCCCGCCAAGAACGAUAUUCCAAGCGUUGAGAACGCACAUACAGAACUAGAACUCAGUGAAAUUUCGCACGAAAGUCACUCUGAAAUAUGACGUAUCGUAAAAUUCCCUCGUGGAAAAGUUGUCAGUCGCCAUUGCUCAAUUGAAAUACAAAUGGUAUAUAGAAAACUCGUUAGAUGAGCUAUAUUUAUAAAUAUUAUGAAGUUCGCUAAGGCCUGGUUUAUUAUAAUCACCUAAAUUCUUUUAUUGAGCCAUGAAACUAAAAUGGAUGUGCACACCAGAAAUUUGAAGGCAAAUUUUUAGGUUAAAUAUCAAUCUUGCAUACGCGAUCUAGUAAAAAA